AUGGCCUACUGGUUGGUCGUUCAGAGCAUAAUCUCGCCCCUGAAGCCCUCCGCCUUCGAAUCUUUCAAUCAGGCCUUCUGUCUGCUCCUCACUGCCACCGCCGGAUCUGCUCGGUCGGCGAGUGUUGUGUCCGAAUUCAUGGUACACCCCCUCUUCUUGGUGCUCAGAAAAGCCGUCGUCCAGUGUACCAGUCCAGCCGUCCCCAUUUUGACGCCAUAUUUGAGCGGUUUGGCCAGUUGCCGAAGAUUCUGUGAGAAUGUGGCACGAAAUCUCCACAUAUUUGAUCUCGUAGAUCCGUGUUUAUUACUUUUCGAUCGAAUCUUCCUGCUCAGCGUUUACCAACAGUCGGGCACUGAAAAGAGGCGACUGGAGCUGUGGGCCUGUGUCGGUGAUUAG